UGCUAAGUACAAUAUAUGUGUAGAUAUAGUGCCUUUCAGCCUCCUCUGAAAACGUUUCAAUUUUCAACUGUUCUCUUCAUAACUAGUUUUCUGCUUGAAUUCCCAAGAUUGCAGAUCUUCAAGAGCUUAAGCCAACGUGAAAACUGGAAAAUAUUUCCCCUCUUUGUUGCAGAAAAAAACCCAUAACAUGAGCAAAUGCGCCUUUAACUUUGAACUGUGCCUUUUGUUUUUAAUACAGUUUGAAUCAAUCAUAGCAAACAUUAAAUGAAUGAAAUUACAUGCAAACAACUGCUUUAUUCCAAUGCACUAAAAUGGAGAAUAUUGAGAAGGAAUCACCUUUGUCCGGUAAAAUAAGGACCUGUGGUUUAGCGGUUCCAAGUGCAAUGAUCCAUUUGAAACGUCAUCCGAUUGGAUGGUAUGUCUCUCUUCACUCCUGAGCACAGAACCCAUGCAGUAUCUUAGAGUUGGAUGUUAACCUAAUCCCAUCAGUAUUGUAGAAAAGGGAAAUGCUCUAGUAGCGUGCCAUGCAGAAUACAAACGUGUUUAUUUCAGAUGUUUCUUCAAUAACCACUUUUUAUGAACUUUCAGGAUAUAAAUUGUUGUGUUUCCAUUGAUUAGGCUGGAUAACUUAUAUUCAAUAUAAAGAGUAAGAGAGGGAAAAACCGUUUUUUUUUAAGGCCAACCUUUAAGAUAGAAACAAGCUCAAAAUGUUUACUAUUGAAAUUUCAUGAACUAUAUUCUGAAUUUGGUUUGAGAUGAAUGUGUGAACAAUAUUGUGACACACUAAGAAAUACUUUUAAGCCAAAGAAUGUAAUUGCUGUUUUAAAAAUUAUUUCUCUGCCUUUAAAAAUUCAGCCACUGAUUUAGUUGUGAAAGGUAAUCAGUUAAUUUUUUAAGUAAAUAUUUCCGAGCAAUUCAUUUUGUAAAUUUACUUUAUAUUUUUCUAUAACCUCAUGUUCAGGCAUUUUCUUAUCAUUUAUACACAUGCAUUUGCUUGAUUUAUAAUGAAUUAAUGGGCACAAGGCUUUUAACAGAAUUAAAAUACUACUUUUACCCCCCUUAUAUGUGUUUGUAAAGUAGUGCGAGGGUUGAAUACAAGGAAGAUGAACACACAAACACGCACACAAUGCUUUCCGUGUCCCAUCUCGAAUAGGCUUUAAAAACAUACAUCUUUUUUAAUGUAGUGUCUAGUUAUGAAUAUGUACUAUGAAACAAAAUAAGCUGAGCAUUAACUUCAUGUCUGUAGGCCCUCUAGUUAAGCCUAUAGUUGUAUAAAGGAAAUGUUUCUGUUAGUUCGACUUUUUGUAUGUAGCAUGCUUGGGAAGAGGCCUAUGCAGCUUAAAAUUCAAAUAAAGCCAGCUUUGAGGAUAUGAUGUCUUGUGGAUUUGUGCACUCAAACUGCAUAUAGUUUGUAUAUCCAAAUCCCUCUUGUUCUGUGUCUCAAAAUAAUGCAAGAUUGCGUUUACAUUUCCGCCAUUUUCAUUUGCUUUUAGGAUGCAAUGAACAAAUAACACACUAAUGGAUGCGAAGUGGCCACUUGAGAAGCUUGCGCUCAACAGUUUGUUGCGUGUGACACAAAUAUGCUGGCGUCUAAACAAGCAUUAAAUCGUAGCCCCCCCAGAAGAAAACCAUGUCUAGUGGGAUUAUUUCUGGGGUUAUUCCGCCCCCUGUGGGCCACUACACGCACGUCAACAUGACGCACGGUGGGACCUAGGUUUGCGUAGGGCGUGAUAGCACGGCAGCACCUCCCCCCCACCGUCUAGCUGGAAAGAAAAAAAACUUUUUUGUAUCGGAGGAAUCAACAGCCGCCAUCUUGACGCGGCUCAGAAUCAGUAUUUCUGGAGAGCAUUAUUUUUUAAACCGAUUCGAGCCAUCCGGACUGGGCAUAAACGGCAUUUUCGUGUAGAGCAUCGAUGUGUUCAGUCUUUCUGGCGGAAUUAUUGCAAACAUGUGAGGAUUAGGUCGGGUUUUGUCGUCUGGAGAGCCUCCUGUAUAUUCGGUUUCCCUUUUAGUGAGCGCCGCUGGUCGCCGUAUCUUCGUUCCGAGCCGAUGUAUUUACCGGCGGACAGCCUCGCUAAAAAUAAUCCAAGACACAGGAAAUAUUUGUGGAAUUUUCUUAUUUUUAUUGAAGCCGGAAAUAUAAUUUAAGGCUGUUCGUUUCGGCUGCGAAAAAAAAAUGAUUCGGUACAGACGUGAGACCACCGAUCUGUGGAGAAAUGGACCGGACUGCGCGUCGUUAACCAUUUUCUGAGUAUUUUUAAUUUAUUUUUCUUAAAAAACGGUAGAUUCUUGGACGUCAUUAUUUCGGAUAAUGAUGUGGGUGUUGGAUUAUCAUGGGGUGAUUGUCUGUAGCGAAGCGUGGCGCUGUUGCCCUUCUUUUGCUGCGAUCUUCUAGAGGCGAUCGUCUCGCCGUCCUGCCAGCUAAACCAACUCACAGAGUCUUUCACGAAGAGAUUUACACAAACCCGUCGUUUACGAAGCGGGGGGACCUUUAUUUUGUUUCACAUCAUCACCGACUCACUCUAUUGGGGAUCAGAAUGGCCGACAAUUUGCUGGAUGUUGGACCCCCAAAUGCAAAGCGAGCCAAGCUUAAUUCACCUGCUCUCCCGGCGUCGGAUGGCCCAGAUCUGGUGUCCCUCUUCGACCUGGAAAAUGAACUCCCGGACGACCUCAUCCCGAACGGGGACCUGGCCCUCAUGGGCAUCUCCUCCAACGGGGGCCCGGGAGGGGGCGGUCCAGGCCGGGGCCCCAGCCUCAACAUGGUCCCCGACGCCGCCGCCAAGCACAAGCAGCUGUCGGAGCUGCUCCGGCCCGGCAGCACCUCCAUCUUGGCCGUGGGCCACAACCAGGCUGGGCCCCAGCAAGGGGGCAUGGGCGGGGGGCAACUCGGCCAGGUCCUGGGCAAAGGCCCCAUGGGCCAGGGGUCGCCGAGCCACCCGUCCGCCCAGGUCCAGAAGGGGGGCCAGGGCAACGGGAACCCCGGCAUGAACUUCAACCAGGCCAUGAUGAACAGCGGGCAGAGCCAUGGGGUACUGGGGCAGCCCUCGCCCGGGCCGGUUAUGAACGGAGGCAUGGGGCCGGCGGGGAGGGGCCGACCGGGGCCGGGGAUGCAGUACCAGGGCCAGGGCAUGCAGGGCGCCCCUGUGGGCGUGGGGGGGGCCGGCGUCGGAGGCAGCGUGCUGGCUGAGGCGCUCACCCAGGGCGGGCCGCAGAUGGGAGCGCACCACGCAAUGAACUCCCAGCAGGCGGGAAACAUGAACAAGAUGGGGAUGGCGGGGCCCCCGUUCGGCCAGCAGUACGGCCAGGUCGGGGUGCAGCAGAUGGGCCCUGGGGGCCUCAACGCCCAGCAGCUCCAGAACAAAGCGUCCCUCCCCAACAGCCUGCAGGGGCCGGGCAGUGUGCCCAACCUGAUGCAGCAGCAGGUGGGCAUGGUCCCGGGGGCAGGCGGCGUGGCGACGGGGCCCACGGCGGACCCGGAGAAGCGCAAGCUGAUCCAGCAGCAGCUGGUCCUGCUUCUGCACGCGCACAAGUGCCAGCGACGGGAGCAGGCCAACGGGGAGGUGAGGGCCUGUACCCUCCCCCACUGCCGCACCAUGAAGAACGUCCUCAACCACAUGACCCACUGCCAGACCGGCAAGUUGUGCCAGGUGGCUCACUGUGCGUCGUCCAGGCAGAUCAUCUCCCACUGGAAGAACUGCACGCGGCACGACUGUCCUGUCUGCCUGCCGCUGAAGAACGCCAGUGACAAGAGGAACCAGCAACCCAUGCUGAGCUCCCCCGGUGCCGGUCUCGCCAGCUCGCUGGGCUCGGUGGGGGUCAGCCAGCCCAGCACCAACCCGGCCAUCAACAACACGGCGGGCCACAUCGACCCCAGCUCCAUGCAGAGGGCCUACGCCGCCCUGGGCCUGCCCUACGGGAACCAGUCGCCCGGCCAGACCCAGAUCCCGGGCCAGGCCAGCCCCCAGGGCCACCCGGCGCUGCGGAGCAUCAGCAGUCUGGGCUCCAGCCAGAUGCCAGUGGGCAUGGGCCUUCCCUCGUCAGACCAGAUGCACUCGGACCCCUCUCUGCCAUCCUCGCUGAACAAUCAGCUGCUGGCAGACGGCUCGCUGGUGGGGGGCAGCAUGGGCAAGCUGCCGGCCGCCAGCCCGCUCUCCGCGUCGGGGGUCAGGAAGUCCUGGCACGAGCACGUCACUCAGGACCUGCGCACUCACCUGGUGCACAAGCUAGUACAAGCCAUAUUCCCGACCCCGGACCCGGCCGCACUGAAGGACCGCAGGAUGGAGAACCUGGUGGCCUACGCCCGCAAGGUGGAGGGGGACAUGUACGAGUCGGCCAACAGCAGGGACGAGUACUACCACUUCCUGGCGGAGAAGAUCUACAAGAUCCAGAAGGAGCUGGAGGAGAAACGGCGCUCGCGGCUCCAGAAGCAGCCCGCCAUGGUGGGCCCUGGCAUGGGCCAGCCCAACGCCAUGGGCCCCGGUCAGGCCGUCAGACCCCCCAAUGGACCUGUGCCUAUGCCCAAUGUGCCAAAUCAGCUCUUGAACCGAAUGCAGGGCUCUCAAGGGAUGAAUCAGUUCAACCCCAUGGCGAUGGCGCAGAAUGUGCAGAUGGCCCAGGCGCCCAUAGGGCCGCGCGCCGCCUCCCCGAUGAACCACCCUCAGAUGAACAUGGGCUCUGUGCCGUCGAUGGGCAUGUCCCCGUCAAGGAUGCCUCAGGCCCAGGGCAUGAUGGGUAAUCACGCCGGCAACAUGGUGGGCCAGCCCACCAACCAGGGCCAGUUCUUGCCCCAGGGUCCCUUCCCUGCCGGGGGAGGGGGGCCCAUGAAUGUGAACGUGGGCCUGGGCCAGAGCACGUCGCAGGCUGCCGUCUCACAGCAGCAGCAGCAGCAGCAGCAGCAGAGCUCCAACCUCCCCCUCAACGCGCUGGGGUCCCAGCUGCCCUGCGCCCCCCUAGCGCAGCCCCCCCUCCGCGCCACCCCUCCGCCCAACGCCUCCGCUAACCCCCCGCCCCCGCAGCCGCCCCCCCACGCCUCCGCCCGGCCCUCCACCCCCGCCUCGGCGGGCGGCCCGUGCUCCACCACCCCCACCCACGUCCCCGGAGGCCUCCCCGGACCCCCCUCCAGCCGGGGCGCCUCCCCCCCCCCCCCCCAGCCGCACACCCCCCUGCAGCCCCCGCCCGACCCGCCCGGACCCCCGCCGCAGCAGCCCUCCUCUGUCCAGCCGCAACACCCCAGCACACCGCUCUCCCAGGCCGCGGCCAGCGUGGACAACCACGCCCCCACGCCGGGCUCCGUGGCGGACGCCAGCUCCCAGCAGGCGCUGCCCGACAUGGUCACCGCGGAGACGCGGGCGGAGCCCAGGGAGGACGGCAGCGGAGGCUCGGGCAAGAAGCAGAUGGACAUCAAGAGCGAGCCCCAGCACGAGGAGGUGGACCGGAAGCCCCUGCCGGUGAAGAAGGAGGAGGUGCUGGAGGCCAAGCAGGAGCCCAUGGACACGGAGGACACCAAGCCCCUGGUGAAGGUGGAGCCCAAGGAGGAGGGGGAGGACGGCACCAACGGGACCUCCGCCGCGCAGAACCGCAGGAAAAUCUUCAAGCCGGAGGAGCUGAGGCAGGCCCUGAUGCCCACCCUGGAGUCCCUCUACCGCCAGGACCCCGAGUCCCUGCCCUUCAGACAGCCGGUCGACCCCAUGCUGCUGGGCAUCCCCGACUACUUUGACAUCGUGAAGACCCCCAUGGACCUGUCCACCAUCAAGCGCAAGCUGGACACGGGCCAGUUCCAGGAGCCCUGGCAGUACGUGGACGACGUGUGGCUCAUGUUCAACAACGCCUGGCUGUACAACCGCAAGACGUCCCGCGUCUACAAGUACUGCUCCAAGCUGGCGGAGGUGUUCGAGGCGGAGAUCGACCCCGUCAUGCAGGGCCUGGGCUACUGCUGCGGCCGAAAGUACGAGUUCUCGCCUCAGACCCUCUGCUGUUAUGGCAAGCAGCUGUGCACCAUCUCGAGGGACGGCACCUACUUCAGCUACCAGAACAGGUACCACUUCUGCGAGAAGUGCUUCAACGAGAUCCAGGGCAACAGCGUAACCCUGGGCGACGACCCCGCGCAGCCCCAGACAAUGAUUUCAAAAGAGCAGUUUGAGAAGAAGAAGAACGACUCGCUGGACCCUGAACCGUUUGUAGAAUGUAAAGACUGCGGGAGGAAGAUGCACCAGAUCUGUGUGCUGCACUAUGACGUCAUCUGGCCGUCGGGCUUCAUCUGUGACAACUGCCUCAAGAAGUCCACCAAGACGAGAAAAGACAACAAGUUUUCAGCCAAAAGGUUGCAGACGACGCGCCUGGGCACUUACAUCGAGGACCGGGUGAACAAGUACCUGAAGCGGCAGAACCACCCGGAGGCGGGCGAGGUGUUCGUCCGGGUGGUGGCCAGCUCGGACAAACACACGGAGGUGAAACCUGGCAUGAAGUCCAGGUUUGUGGACUCGGGCGAGAUGAUGGAGACCUUCCCUUACAGAACCAAAGCACUUUUUGCGUUUGAGGAGAUCGACGGGGUGGACGUGUGCUUCUUCGGCAUGCACGUCCAGGAGUACGGCUCGGAGUGUCCCUUCCCAAACACCAGACGGGUCUACAUCUCGUACCUCGACAGCAUUCACUUCUUCAAGCCCCGUCUCCUGAGGACAGCCGUCUACCACGAGAUCCUAAUAGGCUACCUGGAGUAUGUCAAGAAGCUGGGGUAUGUGUUCGGUCACAUCUGGGCCUGCCCUCCCAGCGAAGGCGAUGACUACAUCUUCCACUGCCACCCCAUGGACCAGAAGAUCCCCAAGCCCAAGAGGCUGCAGGAGUGGUACAGGAAGAUGCUGGACAAGGCCUUCGCUGAGAGGAUCCUGCACGAUUACAAGGACAUUUGUAAGCAGGCCACGGAGGACCGGCUGACCAGCGCCAACGAGCUGCCCUACUUCGAGGGCGACUUCUGGCCCAACGUCCUGGAGGAGAGCAUCAAGGAGCUGGAGCAGGAGGAGGAGGAGCGCAAGAGGGAGGAGAACAGCACCUCCUGCGAGACCCCCGAGGGGGCUCAGGCGGAGAGCAAGAACGCCAAGAAGAAGAAUAACAAGAAGACCAAUAAGAACAAGAGCAGCGUGAGCCGGGCCAAUAAGAAGAAGCCGGGCAUGCCCAACGUGGCCAAUGACCUGUCCCAGAAGCUCUACGCCAACAUGGAGAAACACAAGGAGGUGUUCUUCGUGAUCCACCUCCACGCCGGGCCCCUGGUCAACACCCUCCCCCCCAUCAUGGACCCCGACCCGCUGCUGAGCAACGACCUGAUGGACGGCCGCGACGCCUUCCUCACGCUGGCCCGCGACAAGCACUGGGAGUUCAGCUCGCUGCGCCGCUGCAAGUGGAGCUCCAUGUGCAUGCUGGUGGAGCUGCACAACCAGGGCCAGGACCGCUUCGUGUACACCUGCAACGAGUGCAAGAACCACGUGGAGACGCGCUGGCACUGCACCGUCUGCGAGGACUUCGACCUGUGCAUCAACUGCCACGGCAUCAAGGGCCACGAGCACAAGAUGGUCAAGUGGGGCCUGGGCCUGGACGACGACAGCAACAACCCCAGCGGCGAGGCCUCCAAGAGCCCCCAGGAGAGCCGGCGCCUGAGCAUCCAGCGCUGCAUCCAGUCGCUGGUGCACGCCUGCCAGUGCCGCAACGCCAACUGCUCGUUGCCGUCCUGCCAGAAGAUGAAGCGGGUGGUGCAGCACACCAAGAGCUGCAAGCGCAAGACCAACGCGGGCUGCCCCGUGUGCAAGCAGCUGAUCGCCCUGUGCUGCUACCACGCCAAGCACUGCCAGGAGAACAAGUGUCCCGUCCCCUUCUGCCUCAACAUCAAGCAGAAGCUCCGGCAGCAGCAGCUGCAGCACCGGCUGCAGCAGGCCCAGAUGAUGCGGCGCAGGAUGGCCUCCAUGGCGGGCAGUCGCAUGCCCCUCCCUUCCCCGCCGUCCUCGUCCACGCCGGGCACGCCCACCUCGGGGCAGCAGCCCAACACGCCCCAGACGCCCCUCCCCCUCCCCAGCCAGGCCCCUCAGCAGCAGCAGCAACCGGGGCAGCCGCAACAACAACCGCAGCAGCAGACCCCCAACGCGGCCGUCAUGGCCCCGGGCUUCCCCAACAACGGGCGGCUCAGCCAGCCCUCCACGCCCGGCCCUCAGGGCAAGCCGGGGCCCCAGUCGUCCCCGCUGCAUCAGCAGCAGCAGUCGCCGCUGCACAACAUGGCCCCCCAAGUCCAGCAGCAGCAGCAGCAGCAGCAGCUGCAGUUGCAGCAGCAGCUGCAGCUGCAGCAGCAACAGCAGCUGCAGCUGCAACAGAGCCCCCAGCAGCCGCAGGCCCUGAUGGCCGCCCACAAGGUGGCCAAGCAGAUCGAGAUGGUGGCUAAGGCCAAGCAGCAGCAGCAGCAGAACUUCGCCAUGAACGGCGUGCCGCUCGCCCACCCCCGCAUGGGCGGCCCCAUGGGCGGCCAGAUGCAGAUGAUGCAGGGGCCACGGGGUCCCCAGGUGAUGCAGCAGAGCCCGUGGGGCCCCGGCGUGCCGAGCCCCAUGCAGACGGCGCAGGGCCCGCAGCUCCAGGGGCCCCCCCAGCAGGGCCACAUGGUCCCCCAGCAGGGGCCGGGCUCCCAGAUGGCCCUGCAGCAGGGCCCGCUGAUGCAGAGGCCCAUGAUCCCCCAGCAGCAGGGGCUGCAGAUGCCCGGGGCCAUGCCCCAGGGGCCCUCCGGGCCGGGCCUGACGCCCCAGCAGCAGGGCAUGCCCCGCGGCGUCCCGGGCAACAUCGCGCCCAGCGCCCUGCAGGACCUCCUGCGCACGCUCAAGUCGCCCAGCUCGCCGCAGCAGCAGCAGCAGGUCCUCAACAUCCUCAAGUCCAACCCGCACCUCAUGGCGGCCUUCAUCAAGCAGCGGACGGCCAAGUACCAGGCCACCCAGCCCCAGGGGCCGGGGCCGGGGCAGCAGCAGGGGCCGCCCCAGCAGAGCCCCCAGCAGGCCAUGAUGGGCCCCCAGGCCGGCAUGCAGGCCAUGGCCGCCAUGCAGCAGGCCCACGCCCUGAGGCCCGGGAUGCCCGCCCAGCAGCAGCCGCCGCCGCCGCCUCAGCAGCAGCAGCAGGCGCCGCAGCAGGCGGGCCCCCAGGGCAUGACCCCCAUGGGCCUCCAGGGGCAGAUGAUGAGCGCCGCUCACAACGGUAACCAGCAGGCGGCGGCCCAGUACCGCAGGCACCUGCUCCGCAUGCAGCUGCAGCAGCAGCAGCAGCAGCAGCAGCAACAGCAGCAACAGCAGCAGCAGCAGCAGCAGCAGCAGCAGCAGCAGGGAGGCAUGCCACAGGGCCACAGUCAGUUCCCCCAGCAGCAGCAGCCGGGCCCUCCCAGCUACUCGCAGCUCCGCAUGCAGCAGCAGCAGCAGCAGCAGCAGCAGCAGCUUGCCAUGCAGGCCGCAGUAGGGCCCGGGGGCCAGCUCCCUCCCAUGGCCCAGAUGGGGCAGCCGGGCAUGAGCAUAGACGCCCAGAGCCUCCACCAACACCUCCUGCAGCAGCAGCAGCAGCAGCAGCAGCAGCAGCAGCAGCAGCAGCAGCAGCAGAUGCUCAAGCAGCAGCAGCAGCAGCAGCAGCAGCAGCAGAUGGGCUCCCCGGCGCAACAGGCCAACGCCAUGAGCCCCCAGCCCCACAUGCUCCAGGGCCCGCCCCAGGGGGGCCCCCACCUGCCCGGCCAGGCCAUGACCAACGCCCUGGGGAACCAGGUGCGGUCGCCGGCGCCCGUGCAGUCGCCCUGCCCCCCCUCGCAGCAGCAGCAGCAGCCGCCCCAUUCCAGCCCGUCGCCGCGGAUGCAGCCGCACCCCUCGCCGCAGCACGGCUCGCUGCACUCCAGCUCGCCGCACCCCGGCCUGGGCGGGCCCAUGGCGGGCUCCAUGGAGCAGGGACACAUGGGGACGGCGGAGCAGAGCGCCAUGCUGCCCCAGCUCAACACCCCCAACCGGGGGGGGCUGGGCAGUGACAUGGGGAUGGGGAGCGAUACCACGGGGGACACGCUGGAGAAGUACGUCGAAGGAUUGUAGCAUUGCUUGGUGGAAGAUUUAAAAAACAAUUGGCCUUGAUUGCGUGUUUCCAUCCAAGAACCAUUUUUUUUGUACUUAUGUAAAAAGUUGAAAGGAAUACAGAGAAAUUAGUCGAGAGGCCUAAGGACUGUGAACGUUUCAUUCAAACCAAGGGACUGCUUUAUUCUCCUCUGCGACACGAGGAGGGGUUUAAAUAAUUGCUGUUUAAAAAAAAAGAGGACAAUUAAACACAAAGAAUAUAUUUUUUGGUUCAGACCAGGCCACAAGAGUAUGUUGUUCUGGUCGUUGUGUUUUAAUUUGGUUGUUUUCCAUUUCUUUACGAUCUGGUGUUGACUUCCUAUUUUUUUUUUUUUUAUGAAACUUCUCAAAACAAAAAUCUAGUCUUGUUUUAUUUUGGUUCUUUUGUACCUCUGGAAAAAUUACUAGCGUUUUUUGUGUUGAGAAGACUGUAAAUGAGUUUGUCUGGGAACUUUUUUUGCCAGGUUUCACCUCUUUCUCCCUUUCUUUGCCCCCCUGGCUAAUUUAUUCUAAUAUUCAAAUUUUUCAAAAAGGACACGUCUUUGGGAAAGUUAGACUUUGUGUCCUGUUUGCAGAGAUUACGGGAGGUUUAACACGUUUGUAUAGAACCUGGGACUUUUUGCACACGCACCGAAACACGACAUGGCAGGUGUGUGGUGUGUGGUGUGUGGGGGGAUGGGAUGGGAUGGGAUGACCAGCACUGCGUGUUCAUCCACUGGUGCGGGGGUGUUCAAUAAACUGGAAUGGGCCCAGUGCUUUGUCUUGCAACGUUAAACUUUCUUUGUUCCUUCAUUUAAAAAAGAAAAGAAAAUUCUCAUGAAGUCCUGAACCUCUUUUGCCUGUGGUGGGAUAUACUUGUUUUACUGCUGAUUUUAGUUCAGAGAGUUCUUUGCAACCGUUUUUCUCUUGCAUUAAACAUUGUUGAACUGUUCUAAUGUAAAUCAUGCAGAUAGACAAUACUGUAAAUAUCCAGAAAUUAAGAAUGAAAUCACUGUACAAACUGGUUAAAAUGGCUCAUUUCUUACUUAUAUACCAUAUUGUUAAAUAAACCUGUGUGCAACAGAUACUGCCUAUGGGUUUCAUUGCUACGACACAUUGUUCGCAAGAACCGCAAAUGUUUACACCAAAUACUACGUAUUGACUGCAAUAAUCCCUAUAACCAAGAAACUAUGUUGCAAAUUGAGAAAAAUUCUCAAGAUAGACUUUAAUUUGGUUUCAU